AUGGGAUGUAUAAAAUCAAAAAGCAAAGACAAUCUGAAUGACGAUGGAAUAGAUUUGAAGACUCAACCAGUACGUAAUACUGACCGAACUAUUUAUGUGAGAGAUCCAACGUCCAAUAAACAGCCAAGGCCAGUUCCGGAAUCUCAGCUUUUACCAGGACAGAGGUUUCAAACUAAAGAUCCAGAGGAGCAAGGAGACAUCGUGGUCGCAUUAUACCCCUAUGAUGGCAUCCACCCCGAUGACCUGUCCUUCAAGAAAGGGGAGAAGAUGAAAGUCCUGGAGGAGCAUGGAGAAUGGUGGAAAGCAAAGUCCCUUUCAACUAAGAGAGAAGGCUUCAUCCCCAGCAACUACGUGGCCAAAGUCAACACCUUAGAAACGGAAGAGUGGUUUUUCAAGGAUAUAACCAGGAAAGAUGCAGAAAGGCAGCUUCUGGCACCAGGGAACAGCGCGGGAGCUUUUCUCAUCAGAGAAAGUGAAACAUUGAAAGGCAGCUUCUCCCUGUCUGUCAGAGAUUACGACCCCGUGCAUGGCGACGUCAUAAAGCACUACAAAAUUAGAAGUCUGGACAAUGGGGGCUAUUACAUCUCUCCACGAAUCACCUUCCCCUGUAUCAGCGACAUGAUUAAGCAUUACCAAAAGCAGUCAGAUGGCCUGUGCAGAAGAUUGGAGAAGGCUUGUAUUAGUCCCAAGCCACAGAAGCCAUGGGAUAAAGAUGCCUGGGAGAUCCCCCGAGAGUCCAUUAAGCUGGUGAAAAAGCUCGGCGCUGGACAGUUUGGGGAAGUGUGGAUGGGUUACUAUAACAACAGCACCAAGGUGGCUGUGAAGACCCUGAAGCCAGGCACCAUGUCAGUGCAGGCGUUCCUCGAAGAAGCCAACCUCAUGAAGACCCUGCAGCAUGACAAGCUGGUGCGUCUCUACGCUGUGGUCACCAAGGAGGAGCCCAUCUACAUCAUCACCGAGUUCAUGGCCAAGGGGAGCCUGCUGGAUUUCCUGAAGAGUGACGAGGGUGGUAAAGUGCUGCUUCCGAAGCUCAUUGACUUUUCUGCUCAGAUUGCAGAGGGAAUGGCCUACAUCGAGCGAAAGAACUACAUUCACCGGGACCUGCGAGCAGCCAAUGUGCUGGUCUCAGAGUCACUCAUGUGCAAAAUUGCAGACUUCGGCCUCGCUAGAGUCAUCGAAGAUAACGAGUACACAGCAAGGGAAGGUGCUAAGUUCCCGAUCAAGUGGACGGCUCCAGAAGCGAUCAACUUCGGGUGCUUCACUAUUAAGUCUGACGUGUGGUCCUUCGGAAUUCUCCUGUAUGAAAUCGUCACCUAUGGGAAAAUCCCCUACCCAGGAAGAACGAAUGCUGAGGUGAUGACCGCCCUGUCCCAGGGCUACAGGAUGCCCCGCAUGGAGAACUGCCCAGAUGAGCUCUAUGACAUCAUGAAGAUGUGCUGGAAAGAAAAGGCAGAGGAGAGGCCGACGUUCGACUACUUGCAGAGCGUCCUGGAUGACUUCUACACCGCCACGGAAGGGCAGUACCAGCAACAGCCUUAGCGCAUGGGAGCGGGCAGCGGCCUCGCUUCAGCAGAGGUGUAACCGUCGCUGGUUGCACUAGUUACUUGGCGAGCUGGGGUCAGCUGCCAAGCCUGGCUCCUGAAAGCAGAGGCCAAGUUUCUCAGGAAGCGCACUCACCACACAGGAAGGCCUUCUGUCCUCCUGGACUCAUGCCCACUGGCUGCAGCCAGGACUGCUCCUCUGCUGGUCAUCUCGCUUUGCCGGACCAACAUUUGAACACAACCUCCUGAGAAGAAAACACCUGUCGUCUUCAAAAACGCACGCACACGGGCUAUGUGUUUACAAGCGGAUGCGUGAUUCAAGGGUUCAGAAACCACUGCCAUGGAUCCCCGAUGGUAGCACAACGUAACUCACAUAUGAAGCUGAAAUAACCAGACGCCUAGCAUGACACAUCUUUGUAUUUUCUCUAUGCUUUGGCUUACUUGUUUUUAAAAAGUACUAAUCCAUUCUGUUAAAUUUUGCAGGUAAAAUGAGCAGCUUAAAAUGUCUUUCUCAGAUUUCGAUGUUCUUUUCCCCUACAUCCUGCCCCAAAUCUGACUGUUAAGCAUUUUCCUGCCGUGGACACCGCUCACUCCGAUCCGCUGGACACACUGCAACACCUCGUCUUCCUCCUGCAGGGUUGUCCCGUGUGAGCACGCACAGUCGAUAUGGACCCCUCAACUGGACAGGGCUCCCCCAGACCUCCCAGGAAAGAGAGAGCCUCUGAAACUCCUCUACCUUAAGAAGAAAUAUUUUUAACAGUCCAGCUUUUUGAUUACACAACACAGACUUUUAUUGACAGCCUACUUUGGAGGAACAGUUAAGAUUUUCAUCUCUGCAGAACCUUACAGGGCUUUCUGAAAUGUAAGAGUUUCCUUUUUGCUUCGAAUGAUUUGAACAUUAUUUUAAGGAUCAAAUAUUAAUUUUAGUUGUAUUCUAGAAAGUAAAAAUGCCAUACUUUGGGCUAUUUUUGUGAUUCGGCAAUCUUUUUAAGUUGUGGAAGGUGUGAGAGUAUUUAUACCCGAGAAUAUGAAGGAAAGGAAGUGACCGAGGAGGCCUUAGCGAGUCACUGUGACAAGGGAUGCAAGCGCUUUCGCGUCCUUGACUUCUCUACUGUCAGCCUCGAAUGGAAACUGCUGUAGCACAUCAGGCUUCACGUGUGCUGUUGUGUACAUACCUAAUAUUUCUAUUUUUCGAUUUUAUUUUAAUACACUUGACCUAAUAACA